AUGGCGACCUCCAUUGCCGCAACGAAGCGGCCGUUCCUCACGCUUCCAUUUCUUCUACCCUCCUUGUCCGAUUCGCUGGCGCUAGUAUUCCGACGGAACCAAUCUUCAUACCGGCGAACAAAGCAACGUCUACGUGUGAAACCCGAUGCCUCCUUCGACCCGUCUCACCAGGGUCGUGAUCACAUUAUCCAUAACCCGCCAUCAAGCGCUCCAUCCGUCUAUCACACGCCAUCCAAGUUUCUGCCUGCCGAUGAUGUUCGCAGAUCGUCGAACCCUACUACCGUGACAACCAACGCUGAAGAUCUCCCUAGCGUCUACAAAUCCAUGCCAGAGAGGAAAUAUCACCUCACCCCUUCAGAUAUUGAAGAAAUCCGCAAUCUCCGGUUGAAUGACCCCAUGACUUGGAGCCGAAACAAGCUUGCUAAACGGUUUGAAUGCUCGCCCGUUUUCAUUGCCAUGGUCUGCCAGGCUAGUCCAGAGAAGAGGGAGAUCCAAGCCCGGAUUUUGGAGGCCGUGCAAUCGCGAUGGGGUCCUAAGCGUCGCAUGGCCCGGGAGGACCGACAGUUGAGGCGGGAGGCCUGGGGACGAGAUGCAUAG